GGAGAGCUGUUUGGCUGCUGUACGCUGUCAAUCUGUGCAGGAGGUUGGGGCUGGAAGCGAGACACCAGCCCGGGGUGUGUGUGUGUGUGUGUGUACAGUACAUAUAUAUAUAUAUAUUAUAUAUAGAGAGAGAGAGAGGUAGAAAGAGAUUGCAGCAACAAUUAUUUCAGACGUUGGGGGAAGUGAUGUGCAAGGAGACGAGAGGUGCAGUUUGAGAAAAGAAUGGCAUUUCGAAAGAUUGCAAAAGGGACCUUUCUUUUGGGAGGCGGUGCUCUCACAGCAGUGUUUGGGCUUUCACAAUUACCAGAACCCAAGAAUAAGAAACAACAUGAAAAAGGGAGCCACCACGUUUUGAAUGCUCAUGUGGUAGGAAAUAACGGAGGCGAUUUUCAAAAUGGUUUACCAUCAAGAGCAGAUCAGGUGGCUUCUCUGCAAAGUACCACAGAGUUUGAUGUCCUUGUGGUUGGAGGAGGGGCAACAGGAUGUGGCUGUGCUCUGGACGCCGUGACUCGGGGUCUUAAAACCGCACUGAUAGAGAGAGAGGACUUCUCAUCAGGGACAAGUAGCAGAAGCACAAAGUUGAUCCACGGUGGAGUGCGAUACCUGCAGAAAGCAUUCACGAAUCUUGACUACGAACAGUAUAAAUUAGUGAAAGAAGCACUCCGUGAACGGGCCAACCUGCUCGACAUUGCCCCACACAUUUCCAAACCGCUGCCUAUUUUGCUUCCUGUGUACAAAUGGUGGCAGCUGCCUUACUUCUGGUUUGGGAUAAAGGUAUAUGACCUCGUGGCUGGAAGUCAGUGCUUGAAAAGAAGUUAUAUCAUCAGCAAGUCAAGUGCUCUGGAACUUUUCCCAAUGCUGAAGAAAGACCAGCUUAAAGGAGCUAUUGUGUACUAUGAUGGACAACACAAUGAUGCACGGAUGAACCUUGCGAUCGCUCUCACUGCUGCCAGGUAUGGUGCUGCCAUAGCCAAUUACGUUGAAGUGAUGCACCUUCUGAAGAAGAUGGAUCCAGACACUGGCAUAGAGCAUAUCUAUGGUGCUAGGUGCAAGGAUAUUCAAACAGGGAAAGAUUUUGAUGUGAAAGCCAAGUGUGUUAUCAAUGCUACAGGACCGUUCACAGACUCUCUGCGUAAAAUGGAUGAUGCUGACAUCCCAAACAUCUGCCAGGGUAGUGCUGGUGUACACAUUGUUAUGCCAGGUUAUUACAGCCCUGAGAACAUGGGAUUACUGGAUCCAGCUACUAGUGAUGGUCGGGUUAUAUUUUUCUUACCCUGGGAGAAAAUGGUCAUCGCAGGAACCACUGACUCUCUGACGGAAGUGGUACAGAACCCUGUCCCCCGCGAGGAAGAUAUUAAUUUCAUUCUCUCCGAAGUACGGAAUUAUCUCAGCCAGGAUGUAGAAGUGAGACGAGGAGAUGUUCUCGCAGCUUGGAGUGGUAUCCGGCCACUGGUGACUGAUCCCACCUCGAAGGACACCAAGUCAAUCUGCCGUAAUCAUCUUGUGGCGGUGACCAAAAGUGGCCUGGUGACCAUUGCAGGUGGUAAAUGGACUACUUAUCGCUUAAUGGCUGAGGACGCAUUAAACGCCGCUAUUAAAACCCAUGGACUUAAUCCAACUGCAUCCUGUCAGACGGUUGGGCUUUUACUGGAAGGGGCCGUUGGCUGGACUCCUACUCUGUACAUUCGAUUAGUGCAGGAUUAUGGUUUAAGCACUGAGGUUUCUCGGCAUCUCUCCAACACAUUUGGUACCAAAGCUUUCGAAGUUGCCAAAUUGGCUAAGGUCACUGGAAAGAGAUGGCCCAUUGUUGGCAAGCGACUAGUGGCUGAAUUCCCAUACAUCGAAGCAGAGGUGACGUAUGCCGUGAAAGAAUACGCCUGCACAGCUAUUGAUGUGAUUGCCAGGCGCACUCGCCUGGCGUUCCAGAAUAUACAAGCAGCAGAAGAAGCUUUGCCACGUAUUGUAGAGAUAAUGGCUGCAGAAUUGAACUGGAACGAGCAGAAAAAACAGGAGGAAUUGGUGUCCGCUCUGCGCUUUCUGUACUUAGAAAUGGGCUACAAAGUACGGGAUGAACAGUUGACCAAAACCACAGAAGUAAACCUUACCCCUGAAGAGUUGGACAGGUUUACGAUAAGGUUCAGGAAAUUCGAUAACCAACAGAGGGGUUUUAUCACUUUUGUUGACGUCCAGCGUGUGUUAGAGACAAUUGAUCAUGAUAUUGAUGAAAACGCUCUGCACGAAAUUGUAAAUGAAGUUGACUUAAACAAGAACGGGCAGGUGGAACUACACGAGUUCUUGCAGUUAAUGAGUGCAGUGAAAAAAGGCUCGGUGUCGAGCAGCAGAUUGGCGAUAUUGUUGAAAAGGGCCGAGGAGAAACUGGAUCACAGAGAAGCUAUUCCUGUACACCGGAGUGGCGGAGGUGUGUGAAUCCCGCCUGCCUGUCCAAGGCAUUGUCAGCCGCAAGAGAAAGCCAGACUCGCAACUGGCAGAGAGUUUGACAUCACAGGACCUUAUAUUUGCUGCCUUGCCUGGCCUUCGGUCUUCAUGAACAUGCGACAGACCUUUAUUUGGUGCAUGUUACACUAUACCUGCUUUCUCAAAGUCUUAUAUUUUCUUUGACCAUUCUCUCUACAAACCUCGCUUGACGAAAAGUUGCAUUAUAUCGGCAGAUUAUUCAAAUGUAACUUAUCUUUUUACGUCUGAUAUAAAAUCUUGAAAACACAAAGUACUGUAAUGUUAAAAAAAAAGUUCCUCUUACCAACAGACGGACAUAACGAUUGCAAAAUGCAAAUAAUGGUAAGCAACAAUAACAUUUUGAUCCCCUGCUGGACACAAUGAAAGAUAGUGAUUUGGUUUGCCCCAAAUAAUAAUUCUAGCGCCUUUAAGAUAUUUUGUGGGCAACCUUUCUUGAACGAUGAGAGUUUUUCCCAUUCAGAUGGAUUUGGUCUGGGUUGAAGGGCAGGCUGUAACUAGAAGGAAAAUUCACAACUCUUUGGGGGCAUGGUGGCAUUUUUAAGAUCUGUCUUGUGCUGCUUUUCAAGAGGCAACCUCUUUGUCCGUCUAUCUGAUCAGCAGGUCCUAUUCAUUUGUUACUCAAUUUGCUCAAUAACAUUGUAUGAUAUUUUAAUGACAAUCUUUCUUUGCGACUUUAAGGGUCCUAUCCAAAAAUAUUUCCAGUGGUCACCACAAACAUAUUGAUAAAGGCUAAUAGUUUAUUUUACUAACUUCAAAUAUAUUGAUGGCAUUUUAGUAUAUGUAAACCCUUUUUUUUUCUCUCUCCAUUCUGUUUGGUCCCUUCAAUGGACCAUACAUUAGAGUCUUAUUGGAUCCAUCGAUCUGACUGUAAACAUUAAUGUGGUGCCUCAGUAAUGUGUAGUAAUAUUUUGUCAAAUUGUCACCCACCUUGGCAGCUGACUUUCUGUCAUUCUAAUACUGGUUUCUUUAGAAUAUCUCUACCUAUAUGGCCAAUCACGAGCUCAAAGCACCAUAAAAUGCCACGUUGAGUUGGAAAAGCAGUUUGCUGCAAGCAGCAAGCAUCAGAUCAGACUUUGAUGGCCCACGUGAACCUCCUAUGACGGUUCUACUUUCAUAUGAGUUUGCCUCUUGCUGCCUGACUGUAUUUUGUAACAUCUGUUUCUUAGUCAAUAUCGUUGCAUCUCUUUGGUUUUCACGCCUUCUCCACCACACCAGCAUCUUCAUAGUAAACGUUAUGUCCUCCUCACAGUUCACAAUCACUCGCUAUUGUUCUGACCUCGAGGUUGCACAUGUAUAAUUUCUGGAAAUAUGCAACAAGAUUAUUUCUAAAUUGAUGCUGGAUCAUGGAAAAGUUGACAUACGUACUAUAUAACAGUAAGCUUUUUCAAGGAAAGGGAAUAUCAAAGAUGGUUGUGAUAAACAUUGGCCAAAGCAAAAAUGGUUCAAGGAUAGUUCGAUAUUGUAUACUUUUAUGACUUAAGUCCGAUUCUCAAAUCUGUCUAUAUGCUCUUUUACUUCUGAGAUCAGCGAUUUCUCUUGUACUUUCCGUGUUUUCGUUCUACACUUGAAACUUUAUGAUACAUGAAUUAAUGAAUGAAUGUAUUGAGUUGCAGCUUAUCACAAUUCUUGCACUCAAUAACCAAUAAUGUACUUCGAGCAGUUUACAAGCAGAAAGUGACAUUCCAACCCAGCAAAUUGAUGAAGCCUUUCAGUGGUUGAAACAGAAGCACAAGAAAACCUUUAAACUUUAGUGAACUAGUGUUGCGGAAACUAAAGGCGGGGAGCGUACAUGGAAUUUUAGACAGAGGCCUGUUGUAUUAGUUGUAAGCAUCAAGUCCUGUGAUACUUGUAUAGCCACAAAAGCAUAUUUAAGCUUUUACUGGCUCCUGUUUCUACACACUGUAAAGUGCGUAUUCAAUUUGUCCUUCACCUUUUUCUUACACACAGUCUGAUACUGUCAGAAUCCAGUACCACUUUUGUUAGAAUUUUCUUGUACUAUGUUUAGUACUAUAAAGCAGUAAAUUAAUUUUAUACAUUAUCAUAUCUACUAUAUGUAUAUUUUGCAAAGAUCUGUAUAUUUGUUAAAAGCAUAUCUUGAACUAUUUUCUAUUGAGCCAUCUCUUACCCUUCCCUGGGACAGUUAGAUUCAGUUAGAGUAGAAAUGGUUGCUGGAUUAGUGUCAAAAACACAUUACAGUUUAUAAACAAUGCAAUACCUUAAUGUUAUAAUGUUGUAGGACGACAAGAAACUUUCUUCCAAAUUAGUACACAUACAAACUCCUUGAAAUACUGCACAUCAGAUUUUACUGUCUCAUAACAAGCUUGAAUGCCAAAUUGUUUGCGAAUAGCGCCAUUGAACAACAAGCAGGCAGUCUUAAGAAUCGUACUGUUAAUGACCGUUGUGUGUGACUGAAUGUGUGAAGAGUUUUAUGUCCCACCUCAAUAGUUAUUUUAUUGUGAACGAGACAUAAUACCAUGUUGGCGACUGCAUUUUAAUUUUUGUAUCUCUCCAUUGGUUGUUUUUAUUGCUAAUAAUUUAUUACUUUUGGUAUACAAAAUGAGCUGCAUGCAAUUUUGGAGUAAUAACAAAGUGUUCUUAAUGUGCCUUGCUUUUAACUGAAAACGGAUUGAGAACAUGAAUCAGUGUAACGGAUUAAAAUUGUACUGUGUCAAGCA